GUGAGGGAUUUCGGGGUUGCUCCUCUAUGCUGCUUAGGACGUUCCAUGUUUAUGGUGGGGCGGCAAAUCGCUGCUCUUGAGCCAGAAAUGCGUAUAUAAGCGCACUAUUCAACGCAGACGAACAGCAUCGACCUCCUCAGCCUCCCAGCCAGUCGCACAUCGUCCGAGCUCUCAUAUCAAAGCACACUAUGUACUCCCUCGUCGCUCUCCUGCUCGCCUCUCUGGCUCUGGCCCUCCCCGCUCCUCAGGCCUCCUCCUCCUCCCUCGAGCCCACCGUCUUCACCGGCCGCGCAACAUGGUUCGAAGUAGGCCUCGGCGCUUGCGGGUACACGGACACCGAUGCAGACUACGUCGUCGCCCUGAACGCGCCCCAGUACACAUCAGGCGACUUCUGCAAUCGUUUCCUGCUCGUUUCCAACUCCGAUACGGGUGCCAGCGCGGUCGCAAAAGUGAGGGACGAGUGCCCCGGGUGCGCGGAGGGGAGCUUGGACAUGAGCCCGGACUUGUUUAAGGCUCUGAGCUCGGGAGGGUUGGACGAGGGCGUGUUCCCUAUCUCGUGGCAGUUUUACGAGAACGGAUGGCAACCGGCCAACUAGACUAGGCGCAAGAAGGCAUCGCGAUAGCGUCAUUAACCAACGACUCAACGGCAUUUCUUCAUCGCACUUCAACGUACACAUCUAUCAGCGCAUCGCAUCGCAUCGACGCCGCGAUCGCCACACAAAACUGUUCAAAAUCAAAUAGCGAGAUAAUCGCUUGUAUGCCACACUAGUUGUGUAUCUUAGAGGGCUGUAUAUAUU